CCGGGCGCCAUCUUUGACGCUGGCAGUCUUAGGUUUCUGCUUGUUCUGCUGCUGUGAGGACGGCGGGCGGCCGCGGCUAAGGAAAGAGAAAGACGUGGCAGCACGCGGGAACCGGAGACAGUGUCAUCGGUUCGAUUUGGGGAUAUUCCCUGCCCAAAAAAUUCCUGGAAAAUUGACUAGUAUUAAGUGUGAGUAAAAGGUGUCCACUUUUUUUUUUAAAGUCUUGAUUUUAGUUUUGUCUUGGAUAGUAUUUGGCAAGAUUUAGCCUAGAAAGUAUGUAGUAUUUAUUACAUAAGAAUCAAAAUGGCUUUGUUACUGGGCUGGUUUUGAAACUCAUUUCUGUGUAUUGAAGUAACUUUUUUUUUUUUCAAUUUUUAAAUUCUUAAAUGGUGAAUGUACCACUCAUUGUGAAGUGAAAUUUCAUCUUCCCCAAAUUUACCCUGUUACCAACUGGAGUGACAUCUUUAGCUAUAACCAUCAAUAGUAAAGAAUUUGGAACUAGUGUAUCAACAAGCCCUUGCAGGGCCAGCAUUGAAUGCCAUGCCAGUGAUGCUUGUCUUGUUUUAAAGGAGGAGAAGUAGCUUCCUUUAGCGUCUUGUGUUUUGCCUGAGCUGGUUGGGGAUGGCUAUAAUGCUGCUCUGCCUUCUUCAGCUGGCUGCCCCACUUCGUAGUUACUCUGUAACUAUUUGCUUCUACCUUUUUUGGUUAAACACUCCCUGAUAAUGA